AUGAUGAUGCGCACCGUCUCUCUACCAUUGUCUCAUGAUCUGAAUGUUCAUAAGUCCCAUGAAGCUUCUGGAUACCACUAUGGCGUUGCUGGUAAAAAUCGUGUGUAUCUGACACGGACAGGCCUUUCAUCAUGUGCCACGAGGCAAGACGUUUGGAGUCUUCAGGUUCUGGAGAGCUUGAGUGUAUCAGUAUCCCCUGUAUCAUCUAGGCGUAAUGCAUUCGUUUGCCGAGCAGCUCUCUUUCCAGGAAGUGGAAAUGAAGGCCCCAUUGCUAAAUCAACUGCAGUAAUAUUCACAAGGGCAUAUGAUGGUUUACGUGGAAAUCCUCAGUUAAUGAAACUGAUUCCAGCAGUUGGGAUUCUUGCAUUUGCUACAUGGGGGCUUAUACCUCUUCUGCGCUUUGCCAGAGCUACCCUGUUCGAGAAGGGGAAUGAUGCAAAUUCACACAAGAGCAGCACACAAUAUAUUGUUGUGUCAUAUCUUCAGCCCUUGCUGCUUUGGAGUGGAGCAAUCCUUUUAUGCAGAACAUUGGACCCAAUAGUAUUGUCUUCAAGUGCCAGCCAAGCUGUUAAAACACGCCUUCUUAUCUUUGCACGCUCCAUAUCAACGGUGUUGGCAUUUGCCUGCUGUUUAUCAAGUCUACUUCAGCAGGUACAGAAAUACUUUAUGGAGACAAAUAAUCCUGCUGAUACCAGAAAUAUGGGUUUCAGUUUUGCUGGAAAAGCUGUUUACACUGCUGCGUGGGUCGCUGCUGCUUCAUUGUUUAUGGAGCUACUGGGUUUCUCUACUCAAAAGUGGCUAACAGCUGGAGGUCUGGGGACAGUACUGCUCACUCUUGCUGGUCGUGAGAUACUUACAAACUUUCUUUCAAGCAUUAUGAUUCAUGCUACCCGGCCCUUUGUUCUGAAUGAGUGGAUCCAGACCAAGAUAGGAGGCUAUGAAGUUUCUGGCACAGUAGAGCAAGUCGGUUGGUGGUCACCUACAAUUAUCAGAGGUGAUGACCGUGAAGCAGUUCAUAUUCCUAACCAUCAGUUCAGUGUAAAUAUUGUGAGGAAUCUAACUCAAAAGACACAUUGGCGCAUCAAAACACAUCUUGCCAUCAGUCAUCUUGAUGUCAGCAAAAUUAAUAUCAUAGUGGCUGAUAUGCGCAAGGUUUUGUCUAAAAAUCCCCAAAUCGAGCAGCAAAAAAUACACAGAAGAGUCUUUUUGGAGGAUGUAGAUCCAGAGAACCAAGCCCUUAGGAUCCUGAUAUCCUGUUUUGUAAAGACUUCACGUUUUGAAGAAUACCUCUGUGUUAAGGAAGCAGUACUUCUGGAUCUUCUUAGAGUGAUCAGGCAUCAUGGAGCACGUCUUGCAACUCCCAUUCGCACAGUUCAGAGAAUGCGUCACGAGGUCGAAGUUGACAGCGCAGCAUUUUCAGACAUAGUUUUCAAUCAAGCAGCUAUGAACCGUCGAUUCAUGCUGAUUGAGCCGUCCUACAAAAUCAAUAGCGAUGACAACGCAAAAUCCUCAACGCAAAAAGGCGAAGAAAGCGACUCUGAAGGAGAACCAUCUGAAUCCAAGGCUGAAACUGAAAACAGCGGAUCAGUUUCGGGUUCAAAGCCAAAAGCAGGUCUUGUUACAGGCACUAAAGGUACGCCAACCUCAACAUCGGAUCCACCAGUAGAACAGAAGUCAGAAGAGAAGAAGAAAGAGAGCGUGGGAGAUUUGCAGAAAGCAGAGAAAGAUGAGGUUUCUGAUGGCGAAGGUGCAACAGAGCAGACGCUGAAAUCAAAAGCAAGACAAGGGAGUGAAAAGACUAUUGGAGAUCAGAAAAGCCGAGAUGGUGGUGGGACUGGUGGUAAUUCGUCGCUAGAGGAGAACAUUGUUCUUGGUGUUGCGUUGGAUGGCUCAAAACGUACACUCCCGAUUGAUGAAGAACUCGAGGCAUCUGGUGCGUUAAUGGAGUCUGAAGAACUUGGUGUUGGAUCGGAGUGA